GGUAAUGGUAACUAGAAUGGAGCAGAUAAUCAGGUUUCUCUCUAGUGGUCUUUGUCGUGCGUCUCCUUCUUUCUGGAUUUCCCACCAAAACCCUGUAUGAAUUCGUUACAGGAGAUGAACUCGGAGGGUCGAGCAGAAGACAGGCUGAAGAAAGCUGGAGAUCACUACAUGGUUAUGGAGCAUACCAUAAGGGGAGAUAACCAUGCCAGAAGACGUGACCAUGGGCUGCAGUACAGGCAACAGAUCCACACGAUCGGCGGCGGCCUCGGUAAUUUUCACUUUGACGGUGGCCGCGGUACCUUCAGAAAUGUACAACACCCUCAACAUGGCCACCUCCACAUCAACCACAUCAACCACACCGUCCCCACUUGCAGCUGCACGACGUGUGCUGAGCUUUUCAACGAAUUCUGUGACAGGAGUACCUUGCAUGGCCUCAAAUAUAUUGGUGACAAACGGCUGCACUUUCUUGAAAGGUUGUUCUGGACCAUAGCCUUCAUCCUGGCCACAAUGACUGCAGGCUACUUCAUCAAGAUUGUGUAUGCCAAGUGGGAUGACACUCCAGUCAUCGUGUCUAUUGCGGCGAAGACUACUCAGCUGGUGGACAUUCCGUUUCCAGCUGUAACCCUGUGCACGAUGAAUGAAGCCAGGAAAUCUGAAGCAGAGAAAAUAAAAGCAUCCACAAAUGAGUCAGAUGUAUUGUUCAAGAAAUUACUGAGCGAUUCCUGCGAAAAUUCGGACAGCCAGAAACCAGUAAAAAAAUGGAACAAUAAUACUUCUAUUAGCUGGGAAAACAUCCAAAAUUUUAUGGUGAAAGUCAGACAGCCAUGCCAUGAGAUGCUCAAAGUUUGCUACUACGCUGGCGUGGCUCAUAACUGCAGUGACAUCUUCAAUCCUUCACUUACCGACGAAGGACUUUGUUGCUCGUUUAACAAAGCGAAACGUGAUUACAUAUUCAGAAACCCCCGUAACCUCACAGACCUGAAUUUGACCUUCCCAAUGAAUGCAACAGACUGGAACCCAGAAACUGGCUACCCGCCAAAUACUCCUGCAGGGGCACUUCCCUGGCGACCUCGCGGGGCGGGGACCCACCUGGGACUCUCUGUAGUGUUAGACGCGGAAGUAAAAGAAUUCUACUGCUCGACAUCCGCGAGUAUUGGCUUCAAGUUACUCCUUCAUAACCCAGUCGAGACGCCUAAGAUUGCUGACUACGGACUGCUGCUAGCGCCAGGAAGAGAGUACCGGAUAAAAAUCACACCAACUAUUAACAACGCUGCGAAGUCACUUCAUAACUUGAGAGAAAUAGAUCGUCAGUGCGCCUAUUCUGCAGACAAAUAUCUACUGUUCUACAAAACCUACACCCAGAGGAACUGCAUGCUGGAAUGCGAAGCCAACUACACUUUCUUAGUCUGCAACUGCGUCCCGUUCUACCUUCCAAAGGAUAUCAAUACCCCUAUUUGUGGCAAAGAAGAGGAGGGCUGUACAAAGUUAGCUCGAAAACUACUUGAGAUGACGCUAGUAGAAGCGAGUGAUUUUAACUCGACGGAUGGUUGGCCAACCCCUAAUUGCAAAUGUCUACCCGGCUGCAACGAACUGGGCUACUCAUCAAGCAUGACCUAUGGACAUAUGAUUCCGUCACUCGCGGUGAAUAAAGGCUACAUGGAGGACACAGUCCAUUCGAACAACACCGGAAAAGAGAAGGAUUUGACAGUCGUGCACCUGUACUUUACAGAGACACAGUUCUUCAGCUACUACAAGACAGAAAUAUUCGGCCUCAGCGAGUUUCUGUCCAGUACCGGAGGGCUGCUCGGGUUGUUCAUUGGCUUCAGCUUCCUCAGCGCAGUGGAGGUUUUGUACUUCGCAACCGUAAGACUUUGGUGCGGCAUUGUGCGAAGACGUAAGAAGAUGGUGGACAGUUAUCCGUUUGUUAAGUGAAUUUGUCAUCUCACCACACCUUAAACUGAAGAAUUUUCUGUUUAUCUCACAAACGGACUAAUUACACAAUUAUCGAAUUAUCUUUCGUAUUUAUAUCUCACAAACUUAUAACCCUUACAUA